UGCGGUGGAGAAAAGGGGCUGGCACCCCAUGUGGCGUGGGGGAGGGACGGGCGGAUCCCUAAGGGGGAGCGAGGGAGGCACUUUCCAUAGGUCCGGGCCUCCUCCUCCUCGGAACUCUUUUUCUCCCCCUCCCCCCGCCCUCGCUCUGGCGGAGGCACACGGGCCGUUCCAGCGGCGCUCAGCGACGCUUUGGCUGUUGGGGGAUUGUUCGGAACGGCUGCCUGCCUCGGCGCUGCCCGUCCUGCCGGCGACCCAGGGCUGACCAUGGCCGAGUUCCUGCCGCCGCCCGAGUGCCCCGUCUUCGAGCCCAGCUGGGAGGAGUUCGCCGACCCCUUCGCCUUCAUCCACAAGAUCCGGCCCAUCGCCGAGCAGACCGGGAUCUGCAAGGUGCGGCCGCCGCCGGAUUGGCAGCCUCCAUUUGCAUGUGAUGUUGAUAAACUUCACUUUACUCCACGGAUCCAAAGGCUGAAUGAGUUGGAGGCUCAGACCCGCGUAAAACUGAAUUUUCUGGACCAGAUUGCAAAGUUUUGGGAACUUCAGGGAUGCACACUGAAAAUUCCACAUGUAGAAAGAAAGAUUUUGGAUUUAUUCCAGCUUAAUAGGCUAGUUGCAGAAGAAGGUGGAUUUGACUUGGUGUGUAAGGACAGAAAAUGGACUAAAAUAGCUACCAAGAUGGGGUUUGCUCCUGGCAAAGCUGUGGGCUCACAUAUUCGUGCUCAUUAUGAGCGCAUUCUUUACCCUUACAACUUAUUUCAGACUGGAGCUAGUCUGCUGGCGCCAGACAUUUGUUCCAAACUGAUGUGUUUAGUGGAUGAUGCAGUUCUGGAAAAGUGUCUUCAGAAGCCAGAUAUUACCAGUGGCUCAAAGGACAAGGAAUAUAAACCACAUGAUAUUCCUCAAAGACAGUCUGUUCAGCUGUCUGAAACUUGUCCACCUGCUCGUCGAGCAAAACGCAUGAAAGCAGAGGCUACUAAUAUUAAAACUGAAUUGGAGGAAGCUACAGAAACCAAAACUCACAAUUUGAGACGUAGAAUGGGAACCACCCCUCCAAAGCUUGAGCCUGACAGUGAUAAAGAGUCUCAAGGCCUUGUGAAACGGGAAACGGUUGAUAAAAAGCAACCCAUCUGGGAAGCAGAAAGAGAAAAACCAAAGGGACGUUCUAAGAAAAGCUUUAAUGCAGUGGAUUUAUAUGUUUGUCUCUUGUGCGGCAGUGGUAAUGAUGAGGAUCGCCUGCUCCUAUGUGAUGGCUGUGAUGACAGUUACCAUACCUUUUGCUUAAUACCACCUCUUCAUGAUGUUCCCAAGGGGGACUGGAGAUGCCCCCAAUGCCUAGCUCAGGAGUGUAAUAAACCACAAGAAGCAUUUGGUUUUGAACAGGCAGCACGAGACUACACACUUCGCACUUUUGGAGAAAUGGCAGAUGCCUUCAAGUCAGAUUAUUUCAAUAUGCCAGUGCAUAUGGUUCCUACAGAAUUGGUUGAGAAAGAGUUUUGGCGUCUUGUUAGCACAAUUGAAGAGGAUGUUACAGUGGAAUAUGGUGCUGAUAUUGCUUCAAAGGAGUUUGGCAGUGGGUUUCCUGUGAGAGGUGGGAAAAUCAAAUUAAAACCAGAAGAAGAGGAGUAUCUUGAUAGUGGAUGGAAUUUGAACAAUAUGCCUGUGAUGGAACAGUCUGUACUUGCUCACAUCACUGCAGAUAUAUGUGGAAUGAAGUUGCCCUGGCUAUAUGUAGGGAUGUGCUUUUCCUCGUUUUGCUGGCAUAUUGAGGAUCACUGGAGCUAUUCCAUCAACUAUCUGCACUGGGGGGAGCCUAAAACAUGGUAUGGAGCCCCAGGAUAUGCAGCGGAGCAACUGGAAGAUGUAAUGAAGAAGUUGGCUCCUGAGCUAUUUGAAUCUCAGCCAGACCUUUUACAUCAGCUGGUUACAAUUAUGAAUCCCAAUACAUUAAUGUCUCAUGGUGUGCCUAUUUACCGUACUAACCAGUGUGCUGGUGAAUUUGUGAUUACGUUUCCAAGAGCCUAUCAUAGUGGCUUUAAUCAAGGUUUCAACUUUGCUGAAGCUGUUAAUUUUUGCACUGUUGACUGGUUGCCAUUGGGACGUCAAUGUGUGGAGCACUAUCGCUUAUUAAACCGCUACUGUGUGUUUUCUCAUGAUGAGAUGAUAUGCAGAAUGGCUGCCAAAGCAGAGACUCUUGAUGUAGUAGUAGCAUCUACUGUUGAGAAAGACAUGGCUAUUAUGAUUGAAGAUGAAAAGGCUUUACGGGAGGCUGUGUGUAAACUGGGAGUUACUGAUUUAGAGAGAGUGAAUUUGGAAAUAUUGCCCGAUGAUGAACGACAGUGCAUAAAGUGUAAAACCACUUGUUACAUGUCUGCAGUCUACUGUUCUUGUAAUCCUGACUCAUUGGCAUGCCUGUAUCAUGUAGAGGACCUCUGCACAUGUCCCGCUUAUAAAUACAAAAUGGGAUAUCGUUACACAUUAGAUGAACUCUAUCCAAUGAUGAAUGCACUUAAGCUGCGGGCUGAAUCCUACAAUGAAUGGGCUUCUAACGUAAAUGAAGCUUUGGAGGCAAAAGUUAAUAAUAAAAAAAGUCUCAUGAAUUUCAAAGCUUUAAUUGAAGAAUCUGAAACGAGAAAGUUUCCAGACAAUGAUUUGCUGAGACACCUUCGUUUAGUUACUCAGGAUGCAGAGAAAUGUGCCUCAGUUGCACAACAACUUCUUAAUGGCAAACGGCAAACUAGGUAUCGGUCUGGAGGAGGGAAAUCUCAAAAUCAGCUGACAGUGAAUGAACUUCGUUUAUUUGUUAGGCAGCUCUAUGCUUUACCAUGUGUCAUCAGCCAAACAACAUUGUUGAAGGAUCUUCUUAAUCGUGUGGAAGACUUUCAGAAGUAUAGCCAAAAACUCCUCUCUGAAGAAAUUCCCAGUGCUUCAAAAAUACAGGAACUGUUGGAUGUCAGUUUUGACUUCGAUGUUGAUCUUCCCCAGCUGAGUGAAUUACGGAUACGCCUAGAGCAAGCCCACUGGCUGGAAGAUGUGCAGCAUGUUUGCUUGGACCAAAAUUCUCUUACUCUGGAUGAUAUGAGAAGACUUAUAGACUCUGGUGUUGGGCUCGCUCCUCAUCCUGCUGUUGAGAAGGCAAUGGCUAAGCUGCAAGAGCUCUUGACAGUAUCUGAACACUGGGAUGACAAGGCUAGAACCAUGAUAAAAGCCAGACCGCGGCAGUCAUUAAGUAGUCUUGAAGCAGCAGUGAAGGAGAUUGAGGAAAUUCCUGCUUACCUUCCAAAUGGCAUAGCUCUGAAAGAGGCUGUAAAAAAGGCCAGAGACUGGCUACAGGAAGUGGAUGGCUUGCAGGUAGGAAAGGUUGGUGGACGUGUGCCUGUGUUAGAUACACUUGUGGAACUGGUGUCUAGAAGUCGCUCUAUUCCAGUACAUCUUGAAUAUCUGCCAAGAUUGGAAUCAUUAGUUGCUGAGGUUCAAACUUGGAAAGAAUGUGCAAGCAAUACUUUUUUGACUGAGAAUUCACCUUAUUCUCUUCUUGAGGUGUUGUGUCCAAGAUGUGAUAUUGGAACAUUGGGAUUUAAAAGAAAAAUGAAGAAAUUAAAAGAGCCUGUCCCAAAUGCAAAAAAGAAGAGCACCAAAUUAGAGAGUUUAAGUGAUUUAGAAAGAGCUUUAUCUGAGAGUAAGGAAACUGCUGCUGCGAUGGCCACACUUGGUGAAGCCCGCUUAAAGGAGAUGGAAGCACUGCAUUCACUUAGAGAAGCAAAUGAAAAAAAAAUAUUCUCCACUGAACAGGAUGUAGAGAUCAAAGUUUGUCUCUGCCAGAGUGAGCCUGCAGCACCAAUGAUACAGUGUGAACUAUGCAGAGCGGUCUUCCAUACCAGCUGUGUUUCAGUGCCCAGAACUUUGCAGGAACCUCGGGUGUGGCUCUGCCCUCACUGUCAUAGAUCUGAAAAGCCACCUUUAGAAAAGAUUCUACCUUUACUGGCUUCCUUGCAGCGUAUUCGAGUGAGACUGCCUGAGGGAGAUGCUUUACGGUAUAUGAUAGAGAGAACCGUGAACUGGCAACAUAGAGCACAGCAGAUGUUAUCCUCAGGGAAUAUAAAACAUAUACAAGACAAAGUGGGCUCAGGUAUACUGUACAGCAGAUGGCAAACCAUGGCAGGCCAGUUGCAAGAGACAAGUAAGGUUUCACAGACAAUUGGUGCUACAUCUUUCUCUUUGCCACAUGACUGGAAUAACAGACCCAUGCAUUUACACUCUCCAUUCUCUACAGGACAAAACUGCAUCCCCCUUCAUGCCAUAAGUGCAGAGCUGAAUGAACUGAUGAUGGAAGCCCAACUACUACAGGUUUCACUACCUGAAAUACAAGAGCUGUAUGAGAUCUUAUUCACAAAGCAAAGCCCAGUUGCAAAGACAGAACAGAGGUCACCAGUAGGACCAACAAGUGAAAACACUGAUUUUUGUCGAGGGAAGAGAGAUGGAAUUUGCUCUGUGGAAAGGAAGCUGAAAAGACAAUUUGAGAGAGGAGAUUUCUGCAGUGAGAUGAGAACACGAGUCAGAAAAAUAGCUCCCAACAAGAAAAAACUGAAAUUAUCUCAUUUGAGGGAACUGGGUACUAGCAAGCUGGAAAGAAACAGGUUGUUUGACAUACAGCGGUCUGGUGAAAGCCAGUUGCUUCUUUCGGAUAUGUCCUUCUCUGAACAAGAAGAAUCUGAAGAUGAGGAUGCCAUCUGUCCAGCUGUCAACUGCCUGCAGCCUGAAGGUGAUGAGGUGGACUGGGUCCAGUGUGAUGGCUGCUGCAAUCAGUGGUUCCAUCAAGUAUGUGUGGGUGUCUCUCCAGAAAUGGCAGAAAAAGAAGACUACAUAUGUGUGAGCUGUACGGGAAAGGACUCUCCAUAUCGAAAGUAACAUGCCUGAUGAACAUAAGAACUCUACAACAGAAGAUUAGCUUUUUUUCCUCCAUAAAGCCACUAGGCUGGUUUUAGAGCCAAGUUGCAAAUGGUGCUACUUCUAUCCUAAUGGGAUCAUUUUUCAGACCUUAAAACAAUUUGACACUUUUGUAUUUUUAUCCUUUAAGCUGUUUGUGGUUAUUGAGGUUUGAAAUGCUGACUGUUCAGACAGGGUUUUUUUGCCAGUUUGAAGGCAUCAAAACAUGCACCUUUUCAUGUAUAGCAUUAAAUUACCUCUUUGAAAUUUACCAGCACAUUUAAUCAAUCUGUUUAGGUGCAAAACACUGCACUAAGAACUCCCAUAAUUCCUCUUUUUGAAGAAAUCCCUGUUUACUCUUUUGAACAUUUUUGAAAACUUUAGAUUACCCCCCCUCCUUUGAUUUUGUAGACUAGGUUUAUUUAUCUGAGCAAUAACUUCUGUGUCUGGUUUCAGUGACUGGAAUUCUAUUUCUGAACAGCGUGUGGUGCUUUUAGCAUUGGUUAAUGUACAGAAAGCAAAUGUUUAGGUUCUAGUGUCACUGAUGGACUAGUGAUGUAGGAGACAAGAAAGCUCUGUAAAGUAAUGGCCACAGCUGUAUUUUGGCUUUUUCUUCUUUUUUGGUAGCUUGUAUCAAAUGUUGCAGUUUAUAUUGUGGAAUAAACCUUUGGUUAUGCUACAAAAUUUGAUGCUGGUGUCUUCAAAGAUGUUGCAUUGCAGCCGUUUCCCACUUCAAUCACUUUUAUGAUGCAUGUUUUCAAAAGCAUCCAUGCCAUUGCAUUUCAAACUUCUUUCUCUCCCUAAUUCCACAUAGCCUAGAUCAGCCUUGUAAAAACAUACUUCCUCAUUACCUGUGGCAAAUAUGCAUAGAAACUUAACAAAUCUGUUUCUUUUCUAAGACCACAAAUGUGUAGGCAAGUGGGUUUUAUGAGGUAGUAACUUUUGUAGAUAUGUUUUACAAAGGUCUCUCAGAUGACAUAAAUGAUGGAAGGGCCUUGGCUCAGUGUCGAGUCCAGACUCUGCAGGCAAAACACCCCAGGUUCAGUCCUCAGCAUCUCUAGACUUGUCACAGAAUUCUGAUGGAAAUCGGUGUGGAAACUGGCAAUGUUCACUUAUUUGUCCCAUGUCUGGAACAGAAAUCAAUUCAGCGAAUAUGAUACGUAUUCGCUCUUGUUUUGAGUUUGCCAGUGGUGCGUGAUUGAUUGCUUCUUUCCCUAUUUGUAUUGAGUUCCCUGUGUAUUGAAAUGAAUUACCGUUGCAUUGAAAUGGUGUGUAAUAACGUAAUAAUAGCAGUUAAUGUAAAACUCUGCCAAACUGGAAAGUGAGACUAAUAAUGUAGUUAAGUUUCAGAAGACAAACUGCAACAGAGUGGACAUAAAUGUCUUCUUCCAUCCCUAGCAUCUCCAGGUAUGGGUGGGAGAGACCACUGCUUUAAACCCUGAGUGCUACUGCCAGUCCAGGCUUCAGCAGCGGGUGGUCUGAUUCAGUAUGAGGACCAGGAUUCAUCUACAAGCUUUGUCAGCACAAACCCUGCCCAUGGCUAUAUGUAUAUUGGACUGGUGUUCCUUUUUGUGUUAAUUCCUCAUGGUAUAUAUUUGCUCACUUCUGACUUUGGUAAGUUUUUGGACAGCAGUCUUCACAACCAGAUGCCAUUCUUUCCCAAUUCAUGGGUGACACGAAUACAGUUUGGAACUCUUGACCAGUGAGAAAAAGGACAGAAAUAUUCCUAGCAGCUUUGAUCUUCUUGCUUCUAUCUCUGUAUAACUGCCACUUCUAACAAGUCCAACUGAGUUCAGAAUCAAUGUUACAUUAGAUGAAAGCUCAGUCAGCAGAGAAUGAGACUCUUGACAUACAUUUGGCCUAAAAUGUAACUUGCUAGCAGAACGGAAAAAAACAUUGGCUGGCUGUUUUUUUAAAAAAUGCCAAUACAUUUAAAGCAUAAAACAUGUUUGUAACACAAAAAUCAAAAAUUGAGUGGCGAUGGAAUUCUUAUUUACAGGCUUCUUAUUUCAUUUUAACUUUUGGAACUAGUGAUGGGAAUAUGCCAUGGGAUUAGUUCUUAAGACUUGCACUAAAUCUGACAGCUAGUGAGUACAAGCAGUACAAAUUAUGGAUGCUAUAGUCCAGGAGUUUCUUCUGUCUACCUGCAGCCCUUGUAGUGGUUCCAGAAAAGCAAUGGAAACUGUGUUUUAUAAUAAGGUAUUGUCCCAACUGCAGUGCGUUGGCUGCACUGACCAGCAGCACUUUCAGAACUCCCAUUAUUUGAGAACAAAGCACACUAAGACCCAUUGUCAUGAUGGCUGGGGUUGAGGGCAGUUGGGAGUCUCAACAUUUGGAGCACGAGCCUUAGGAAGGCUACCUGAGGGAAAGCCUUUCCUUGAAAGCCAUGCCAAAACAAUCCUAGUGCCACUUUAUAUA